AGUCCAACUGGAAGCGUCUAUUUUUUUUAAAAAAAUGAAAGCUUCGUUUUUGUUUACCAUAAAUUUAUUUUGAUUUACUCUCCAAAUUAAUAAUCUAUAGUCAAAUAUGGAGGUGUUUAUGAGUCUAAGACGGCUGUUUAAUAGGGUGGAGUUUAUUUUAAUCUCAUUGUAUUUCUAAAUCGGGCACCCCUGUUUUUAUUGGGCACUACUCCUGGCACUUCCUUGUUCAAAAGUUUUAUUUGAGGGGAGGCUUGGUGAAAAGUUGAGCGCCGGUGUGGAUGUUGUAACCUCUUUGUUGACCUAUAUUGCAGGCAUGGAAGAAUGAUAAUCAUAUAUUCGGGCAUAAAUGGGUUGCAGGUGUCGAAGUUUAGUCCCAUGGCUGUAAUAACCAGCAGCUGGCUAGCGCUGCACUGAGCGACUCCACAAGAGAGAAAGAUGUCCACGGCUAACAUUAGCGAGGACAUCCGAGGGAAGUUUCCUCUGCACUCCGCGGUGUGGGAGAAUGAUUACAGGAAGCUAGAGCAACAAAUAACGACAUCACAGGUAGGUACUGAGCACCGAGUGUAUUGCAAACAUUUACCACAAAGCUUGCUAGCUAAGAUGAAGCUUGGAGUGAGAUGAUAACUCUCUAUUGCCGUCAAGUGUAAGUAGGCCAGUCGUGUUGACAGAUUCCCUGCAGUGUCAAACAUAGAUUUGACAUAGACUUGUAGUUAUUCACCUAUCAACAGGUUAAUAGUUUUACAUUCAAGAUCACUUUUAAUCUUUCAUGUUGCUAAUCAAUGAAUCAGUCAUACACAGCUCCAUUAUGACAACACAUCGACGAUCGACACAUUUACCAAAUAGAUACAGUUAGGGCUGGGCAAUACGGGGAAAAGUUUAUCACGAUUUUUUACAUAUCGGUCGAUAUCGAUAUAUAACACGAUAUAAAAAAUGAAAUGUAACAGUGCUUAUUGGUAGUGUGUCUUUUGCAAAACAGUAAGCUUCUGCAUCUGUGAGGUCUUUGUGUCUCUUCAACAUUUUGUCAUUAAGGUCCUUUCACACCGGGAGUGUUUUUUAACAUGAGGUUAUUUCGGACGUCAAUAUUUUUUUUCACAUCAGCAAUGUUUUCCCGUUCUGCGAUAUUGUGGCAUUUAUCUUCUCGGAUCUCGGUCGAUUUUUCUAAAGUUUCGCACACUGUGUGUCCACUUCUGACCAAUCAGAUUUUGUGUUGUUGCGACAUCAGAUUCACCGGCAUAUCCAACAGGGCAGACCGGCUGAUUGUUUACGCAUGGGAGAACAGAGUGCUUUUCGAUAAAAGACACAAAUAUUACAAAGAUAACGACCUGAAGGACAACUUGUGGAGAGUCAUCGCGUCGGAUCUCUCAUAUGACGGUGGUCUGUGUGCUUUAACAGUUUGUGAAGUGUCUUUGUUUUAACUGUCCAGUGGCCUUUUUUGUUGAAGGAAAGCAGUCGCUACACUCUGCUUCUUGUCUGACCUCAAAAAAAACAAAAAACCUUCACACCACCAAUGUUUUCAUGCAGUGUUGUCGACGAUGUUAUCAUCUGUUGAGCCUUCAUCUUCAUAUCUGCUGGGGGUAGCACUCAUUUUCUUUUUUUCUCACCGACAGUGUUGUCUGCUUCACCUGUUUAAGUGCUAUGGUUGUGUGUAGCUGCAGCCUGCUACUACACAGUUGUUUGCUACUUGGUUCUAAUCCAGCACAUGAUUGGUUCAGCACGAAGCAGACCCGGAGCAACUCCCCUUUUCAUUGGCUAUUCAUAUAGACUACCAAAACAUGGCAGAAUACCGACUAUCGAAAGCAUAUUGACCAUGUUUCAAAUUGAUAUUGAGGGUAAUAAAUUUUCAUUGUAUAUCGUUAUUGUUUUAUUGCCCAGCGCUAGAUACAGUAUAUGGAGGAAGUUGCAGACUGUCACAUCAAUCACAGCAGUAAAAGUUUAAGGUCAUGAUCCCGACAGCCUUAUGCAGUUAGUAUUCAAAUAGACAGAUGAAUAAACUAACUGGUUAUGACAUUUUGAAAACUAUUCAACCAUCAUUUUGACUGGGUGUUGUUCCAGUGAAACUACUAUGAUCCCGUUGUUAUUGUGACCUUACAAGACCGUUAAUAACAUGCUGGUGUCAAAGCAUGACUCACAGAAAUACCAAACAUGAUGCUUAGUCAGUCUUGUCAGUGUACUGAUCACUGCAGUCCUGUAUCAUUAUCAGUGAUUACUUAAAUUUUAUGGUGUAAAACUAUGGCUCAGUCUUGUGGUUUCUAUGACAGUAUCACAUCUAAGUAGUCGAUUAAAGCCACAUAACUGUAUCUUUCUCCUUGAUUUUCACAGGAUGAUAUCGAGGCUGUGGAUCCCAGAGGCCGGACUCCUCUGCAUCUGGCUGUGUCACUCGGGCACCUGGAGUCAGUAAGGGUUCUUCUCAGACAUGGUGCUCAAGUGACGAAAGAAAACUUCAACAACUGGACAGGUUAGCUCGUAAACUUGGUAAAUAUUUAACAAAAAAAACGUCAUGAUCUCAUGUAAGUCUCUUUCCCUUGUAAAGCAGAAAUGCUUUUAAAGGUUUUGUGGGUUGUGUGAGCACUGAUAGAUCCUCUCAUGUCAUCUGCUGCUAAUGGGGCUUAUAGUGAAAAUGCAAGCUGAUUCCUUAGACUGCAGCAAAACAUUUUCACUUCCCUCUGUCAUUACCGUCACUGUUGAGGUUUUUUUAAUGGAUAGUUGCCACUCCUAGCGACCAGAUGCUGUUACUUUAAAAGGUUUAGUGGGUUGAUUGUCUGCUUUGGUGCAGUGCUGCAGGAGGCCGUCAGCACCGGAGACCCGGAGAUGGUUCAGUUAGUGCUUCAACGCAGAGACUACCUCAAAGCCUCCACUGCUCUGGGAGGAGUGCCUGAGCUGCUGUCAAAGAUCAGAGAGGUUUUUCAUCCAACAUUUUCAUAUUAUCGUGUUAUCCAUCUGUUCAUGUGCCUGAAAAUAUUCAUAGACAAAGGAAAUAAUUUCUCUUUUCCCUACGUUUGUUUACAGUCUCCAGACUUUUAUAUGGAAAUGAAGUGGGAAUUCACCAGUUGGAGUAAGUUUUUCAUAUGUGCAUGAUUAACUGUUUAUGUUAGACAAAGAAUAAGGAGAAGAAGGGAAAUUCAAAUUCAGGCAGGAUUAUUCUCAGCACUUAAGUUUGCAAAAGAGAAAGCAAUCUUCUUGUGGUUAUUUUCUAGUUGUUGCCUGCAACUAAAAUUUUCUACAAAAUAUAUAAUCAUCGGCAGCCGAGCAGUUUAACCAGGUCAUUCAGGAAAAACAACAUACCUGCCUCUUUCUUGUUUAAGCCUCAGUUAUGUUGUUAUGUUUUGGCCCUGAGUCACACUGUUUUUCAUUUGCACCUGCUUUUGCUUUCUCUAAUGGGACAUUCAUGUGCUGUUACUUCACAGUUCCUCUUCUGUCGCGGGUUUGUCCAAGUGACGUUUGUCGCAUUUGGAAAAGUGGCGCCAGCCUGCGAGUGGAUGCCACUCUUCUUGGCUUUGAGAACAUGACGUGGAUCAGAGGGCGCAGAAGCUACAUCUUCAGAGGAGAUGGUGAGAAUUUUAAUUUGUUUCUUUCUUUCUCUCAUGCCCAAAAAAAUCUGAGCUGUGCCUCUUCUGUUAAAAUGACCUAAAUUCAUAUCUGGAUGUGAUUUUUCAGAUUCCUGUGCAGAGUUGAUGGAGGUGAACCAUGACGAUGAAGUAGUGGACACUGAACGUUUUAACAUAUCCCAAGAAAUGGAAGAUGUCACUCUGGAAUCUAUGCAGCCGGCUGAACAGGAAGUUGCCAAAAGGUUGACUACACCAAUCGUCAACACCUACCUGGACACCAAGGAUAUCGCUUUUGAAAGGCAAGAGUGACAUCUUUUUUUCCCAGGUCAUGUGUAGAUCUCAACUAACAGAUUUCAUCAAUAUCAGCAGUAAGCCUGCAAAAAGAAUAUUAGCUAGUCAUGUUAGUCAACAGCAUGUGGGGAUAUGCUUCCAUCACAUUUACUUUUUAAACCUGUGUUAUAUCUCUUAUUCACGGUUUUUCUUUUUGGGUCAAAGUAUCUCACGCAGAUCUCAUUCCAUGUAGCUGAGAACAGAAAAUCUGUCUUACUGAAGCUGUGAAAAAAUUGAGACUAUGGGGAGCAUGUUUAAAAAAUAAACUUUAACAUUGAAAUGUAACAGCCCCUACGUUUAAAAGUCAAAAACAAAUCCCAGAUUAAUGAGCAUGAUUAAAAUGGGCAUGAUUCUGGGUUUUGCCUCUAAUGACUCUUUUGUUUUUGCAGAAACAAGUCUGGGAUUUGGGGCUGGAAGACUGACAAAACAGAAGUUGUCAAUGGAUUUGAAGCAAAGGUUCACAUUAAUUAUACCCUCUUUUUUAAUAUAGCCAAAACGAAGAACCAGGAAAACAAUACAAUAUAAGAAACACCAUAGUUGGCCGAAUUUUUUUAGUGAUUUUGUGUACAUGAGUAGUGUUUUUUAUAUUGGAUAUAUUUUUUUAAAUGUUUGACUUUCAGACCUUUAUUUGGGUCUUAUUUUUACUGUAUUGUUAUUGUGUACCUGUCUUUUGUGUGCUUCUGCCGCAACACUAAUUUCCCUUUUGGGACAAUAAAGAGAUUCUGAUUCUAAUUCUGUGGAGAAUAGUGGGAAAUUCAUGUAUUCAUUUUUUUUCCUCAGGUUUUCAGUGUGAACAAUGUAAAUGUGGUAAUCAGGACGAGGACAGAGCAUCUCACUGAUGAGGAGAAAGCCAGGAUAAAAAGUGAGUGGAAUGUAUCAUGUAAUGUGAAGUGCAGACUUUUGAAAGGAUUAUUCUGUUUUUAAAUUGACGUGAUCUUUCCUUAUUUUUGUUCAAAGGUGAAAGGAACAUCUUGGAGUCUCUGCUGGGGACUGUGGAGCAGCACAUAAGUGCACAAGGGGUGAGACCAUAAUUAAUGAACUACAUCAGAAUCAUACUUUCUGCUCCCAUCUGCUCACUAAUUUGAUCUGACUUCUUAGGACCUUACUCUUGAAUAUGCAACUGCUACCAACCCCACUGCCAUCACUCCAGAGGAAUACUUUGAUCCUGACUUUGAAUUAGGAGACAGAGACAUCGGGCGACCCAUUGAGCUCAGCAUUCGAACACAGAAGUAGGAAAAAAUUGCUGCACACCUGCACAAACUUUAUGCUGUGUACAAAGUGGCCUAUCUAUACCAAGAAGUGUAAACACUUUAGAGACAUUUCUCCUGUGAUUUUUUUGUCUUGUCCAGGUUCAAAGGUACAUUGUGGAUGAGUGAGGAACAUCCUCUGUCCCUGGUGAAGCAGGUGACCCCCAUCAUCGACCUCAUGGCUCGCACCAGUUCUCAUUUUGCGAGGCUACGAGACUUUGUGACACUGAAGUUUCCCCCGGGGUUUCCUGUGAAAAUAGGUCCGUUAAAUUUCUGUCACACUUUUCAGAAGCUCUUUUCUCAUUUCCCAUCAAAGUUCCGCCUGAACGUUUGAUUUAUUGUCGUUCCCUCCCCUUGCAGAGAUCCCACUGUUUCAUGUGCUGAAUGCCAGGAUUACUUUCGGUAAUGUCAACAAAUGCAGUACCGAAGAGGAGGCGAACACAACACCUGCAGCCACGCCAACGUCAGUAGGAGAGGAGGAAGAAGCUGCAGGUAAUGCCUUCAAUGUUUAGGGGGAUUUGAGCAUCUUUUUUAAAGACUGUCACAGACUAAGAUUUUGCAGGUAUGCUAACAUUGAGUACAGCAACACCCUAGCAUUAUAACAUUACAUUAUUAUUAUUAUUUAUUCAUUUUUUUGAUAUAGGAAGAUGAUGAUAACAAUAAUAUAAUGAUUUCAUUCUGACAGACUGUAAACAUUGACUUGUCAACAUGCACACGUGUGCACGAGAGUAGGGGAAUAGUCAUGUUUGAUCAUGUUUGAUUUUAAUGUAACACUAAGAAGAGAACAAGACUGCAGUCCACAUUGAAUUUUAAAACCACUUUAUAUCAAACAACCAAGAUCGCAGGACUUCAGCAAACAUCUCAUGAUUUGAUUCCAACUUUUGGAACAUGUCAGUGACUUUUAAACCGACUCAAACACUGUUUAGUGUAAAGCCAGUACAAGAGUAAAGCCUGUGUAACUAUGACGUGUGACUUCACAUCAGAGUAGCUACACAUCUCCUGAAACCGCCUCUCUUUUCAUUUUUAUCCGUCCAGCACUGCCUCCGUUUCAAGUGUGUCCUUCAGUGUUUGAGGUGCCCGUCAGUUACCAUCGCAGAGGAGGCAGCCGGCACACACCGGUUUCCAACAAUGAUGAGGAGCUUUUGCAGUACGCCAUCCAUCAGAGUCUCCUAGAGUCUCGCGGUAUCCCAAGCCAGGUCAUAAACUUCACUUCAAUCUGUUCAGUAACAAUCAGUUUUUCCUAUUCCCCUCUUUUUCCUACAAUGAGCUGCAUCCUUGAAAUCCUCUGGUGUUUGUGUCAUUGCAGGAGAGGGUGUAUGAUGAUGAUCGGGAAUUUUCCGAUGUAAUGCCAAGCAGUCUUAGUGACAGGUAGGGCUACAUGUCAAAGUUGGCUGAUAUAGCAAGUACAUGAAUUCAUGUGGUCAAAGAUACAUGCACAUGCAACUCAUCUGUCCUUCUACGAUGUGCUGACAGUAAUAGUUUGGAUCUCUCGUUCUCCUCUCAAUGUCUUUCCAGGAGUGUCCCAGAGGGGGUGCUAGUGGAAUACGGAGACACGUCCAGCCCUGCUAGCUCCCUCUCAGCAUCCAGCCCUGACUCAGACCUCCGCCUGGCCAUGGAGCUCUCCGCACAGGCUCAGCUGGAAGAGGAGAAGAUGAGAAAGCAAGAGGAAGAGGAGCUGGAGAGGAUACUGCAGCUAUCGCUCCUUGAUAAGUAAAGGGAAUAAGAGGGAAUAAUAGUGCAACUUUUUUUCCAGAUGCAGACGCAACCACCACACCUCAAUUUCCCUCCUAACCACAGUAGUCAUCUAUGCAACUGCAGGUUUCUUUCUGUAACUGAUCAUUCUUGCAAUAUCAGAUUCUCGGUAACCAUAUUUUCCAAAACGUAUUUUUGGUAAGAGCAUAGUCCUUUAUAUAUCCCUGUCUCAGCAUAGUGCGUGUCUCCACCCUCAAACUUAGUCUUUGUCUGUGUAACAUCAUUUCGGGGUGCUUUUUCAUCAAAAUUGUUUCUUUAUUUUCCAAAUCAGAUAACUGCAGCAACCUAUAUUUAUAUAUUUUUUUCAAAUCAGUCCUGUUGGGGGUCAAAUCAGUGUCACAAAGGUUCUGUGAGCAGUUAUGUUUGACUUUUUGAGAUGGCUUCGUGUGUGCCAGCACUCACUUCAGGUCCAGAGUAUUGUUCGUUGUUACUCUCCUGGUACCUGUUGUCUCAGUCUCUGGUGUUUACAGAGUCAGACUUAUAAUAUAUAGCAUAUUAGAAAUUUCUUAGUUCUGUGGGCCUGAAGGGACAGAUUUGAGUGUUUCCACCAUGAGGUCUUUAACAAGGGUGAUGCUGUCGAGAACCACGAGCACACCGAACAACAGAAAUCUCAGGGUUCAUAUUUUACCUUCUCUUUGGAACUGAUUUGCUAAACAUUUAUAAACUAUCAGAAAUUGUAGCUUCAUGGAGGUCUCUCUGGAGAGACUGAUGCAUAUCAUUCAUUGCCAUAAUGAUAUUACUUUAGAAAGUUUGAUUCAGAAGUUCAUGAGUAAAUCUUUGUGCUUGGUGAAUGUACUCUGCAGAAAGGGGGGAAAAAAAGCAUGUGGAUGAGAGGGAAACUUUAGACAGCUGCAUGGAUAUGUCAUAGCUUUGCUGCAACAAGGAUAUUACUGAAGAAAGGAUGCAUUUUUGUUAAAAAGGUAACCUUGUAUAUUAUCACCUCACUCCAAAAAGGCAAUAACUUAGACCAGACCCUCUGUGGACCCUUCAGCCGUCUUAUUAAGGAGUCACAAAACCAGUGCUGCAGAGAUUAUCCGGAUUCCUAAGGGCAGUGUGUCAGCCUUUUGUAGCCAUGAACAACUCCACACCUCCAAGCAGAAGAAGAAGAAAAGACAAAAGCAUGCUCGCCAUAUGAAGGAGACAUUUCUUCAGCAUGUGCCAAGGGAAAGCUUUGUCUAGACAAGAGGUGGGACAAUUGUCUGCGGUGCCACUCAAAUUGAAUUUUUGAAAAAAGUUUUUUAAAAGUUUUGUAGUUCAACAAACAAGCUUCAAAUGUUUCUGUUGUACUGGUGUGAUGCUGAGUUACAUGCAUUAACCACUAAAGCUGAUUUCACUGAUCAUCAGCCUCGUGUGAGGAGUCUCUGCGACGCUGCGUCUGACUGUCCAGAGCUUCUGCUUUAAAAAAAAAAAACAAAAAGGAAAAAAAAGGCCGACUGAACAGUUGACUGUAAAGAGGCUAGCUUUGGUUCAUUCUGUGCAGACCUUUGCACCUGCUGCAAAUAUUUUUUAAAGUUUGAAUUCUAAGAAAAUGUGUCAGUUUUUAAAUGUAACUAAAAUAAAAGCACUUUAUUUCCAUGAGGAUUAAA